GCUUGUUUGUGGAGGUCUUUGCAGGUUGCGCCCGCUUGUCAGCAGCUUUCGAAGCCUCAGGCAUGCGUUCAUUAGCUGUGGAUGGCCCACGGAAUGAACAUGUUCCGGAAUGCUGUGUGUGGACGCUUGACUUGGUUCAGCCCCUUUGCCAGCGGCUGUUCCUGGCACGCCUUAACCAUGAACCCGUGUCUGCAAUCCAUUUUGGGUUGCCAUGCGGGACUGGAUCCCGCGCGCGCGAAUGCAAGGUCGCGCAGCACUUGGUGGCGGCGGGCGCUCCGACCCCGCGCCCAUUGCGGUCCGCAGCUCAUGUCCUUGGGAUUCCAGGCCUUAACGCCAUUGAACAGGCAAAGGUGGACUCAUCAAACGCCCUUACCGCAUUUUGCGUGGAAAUCUUGCGCCUGGCUUUUCGCCGCGGAUGGAAAGUCAUAGUGGAAAAUCCCACGCGUUCGUGGUUAUGGGCAGUGCUGGCAUACUACGUGCGCCUGACGAAGGAUGAGCCCUUCAUCUCAUGGUAUUGUCAUUUGUCUGUAAUCGACUUUGACAUGUGUAUGCAUGGAGGCACGCGUGACAAACGGACUCGUUUUCUUACCUCUGCUCAUGAGCUCAACCGUCUUGCUUUGGAUUGCGACAAGAGUCAUCAGCACCAAUCGUGGAGCGCGCGCCAAAUUGCCUCCAUUUGGACAUUUGAUACAAAGGCGGAGGCCGAAUACCCCCUCAUCCUCUGUCAGCGCUAUGCUGCUGCCCUGUGUUCCCAACCCGUGCCCGCCACUCAGAGCAAGCCUCUUCUGCGGCAGUCGCGCAGCCAACCUCCGCUUGUGCCCGAGUAUAAGUGCUUCCUGAAGCAUGCCCCCGCCAACGCUGAUUUUCGCCAGCUUGAUCUCCAUAUGGGGAAGUCCGGAAGUGGCUCAACUUUCGCUGUGUACCAUUCCAAACAGGAGUUUGUGGACAAAGCCAUUUCUGCUGGACACCCUUUUCUUGAAGCCAGACCCAUCGAUGAUAAGCUCAAACGUAAUGCCUUUUUCAUCUUGACUGAGGGCCUCUCCUCUGUGGCAAAAUUCCGCAUAACCUCCAUCCAGAAGCUCUCUAAAAUGAAGCAAGAGCUUUCCAACGAGGAGCGCAGGUAUCAAGCCACUCUCCCGCUUCAUGCCCAACAGAUGUUGAAAGGGAAAUCUAUCCUCCUUUGGAGAAAGCUUCUAGAUGAUACGGGUUUUCCCGACAAAGGUGUCAAAGAGCUUAUUGAAGGGGUUGUGUUGGUGGGCAAACCCUCCAAAUCUGAGCUUUAUGGCUGGAAGGAGGUUCCCGCUACCGCUUCAGUCGAUGAUCUUCUUGCCUCCUCUCCGUGGAGAAACGUUGAAGUUGCAUCCAGGGAUAACCCAACAGUCAGCUCAGCCAGCGUACAGGCUCUUUGGGAUAUCACUGUGAGUGAAGUUGCCAAAGGCUUCCUGGAAGGCCCAUUCGAUGAUCUCGAAUCCGUUAGUCGUCGCUUCUUGCUAGAGCAAGGUUCCCCUGAAGCUCCGAAACAGAGGCCCAUCGACGAUUACAGAGAUUGUGGAGUCAAUUCUGCUUAUCAUGCCUUGGAUAAGCUUGCUUUGCACGAUGUUGAUUACAUUGCACAUGUCUGCCAGAGCAUCACCUUAGCCGUAAGCGGUCGCGAUGUCACCUUCACUUUAUCAAGUGGAGAAAAGUUGGUACCCGUCCUGGAGAGCAAUCUCAGGUUUUCAGUCAUUGCAGUACCGCAUCCUGCUUUGGGCCAGCCAAAAUACUUCCUGUCUAACUCGCUACCUUUCGGCGCAGGCGCGAGCGUCUUCGGAUUUAACAGGCUCUCCAGAAGCCUCCUCCACCUAUCACUGCACUUUGGAAAGGUCAUCGGAGGUGUCUUCUAUGAUGACAUCCCCCUUCUCGAACCGAAGCUGACAUCGCGCUUGUGCUCACUGACCAUCGAGGGAAUCUUGGACAUCCUGGGGUGGUCGUACUCGCGCGACCCUGCAAAAUACAAGCCUUUCUGUGAGACGUUCUCCCUACUCGGCAUGCGGCUUAACGUUGGAAGCGAGCUGCCAAGCAAGAAGGUACUCUCAGCAGAGCUCAUGCUUCGAGCCUACACGGGCCGAGUCAUUCAUGUGGGCAAGGCGAUCCCGCCGCUCAUAGUCUUCACGGAUGCAGCCUUUGAAGACGGCGCCGCUACUUGGGGUGUUUGCAUCGACCUUCAUUCUGGAACGAGAUUCGUGUCGGGGGGAAUCAUUCCCGAUGCAGCCGUCGCUUCCUGGCAAAAAGAUGGCUCAUCUCAGAUCAUUGCCCAAGCCGAAGCAUUGGCCCUGUUGCUAGCCCGGCGCGUGUGCAAGCCGCUUCUCCGUGACCGCUUGGUCACCUUUUACAUCGACAACGAGUCGACUAGGCCUGAAGGCCUGAAGGUGGCGUCUACCAAUUUCUUUGAUGACUUCGUCUUGUUAGCCUUGGAGAUCGACAUAAAGUCGGCUUGGACGUCCUUCGAAAGACUCAUGAAGUUGCUGGGCUGGAAGUUGUCUGAGGACAAAACAACUGACUGGUCGGCGGAGUUCGAAGCCCUUGGGGUAGUGUUCGACCUGACGGACGCCGUGUCAGGGGUGGUCAAGAUAGGGAACACAGACAGGCGAAAAGAAGAGAUUAUUGCAAAGCUGAACGAAGUUUGCUCCAGAGGAACCUUGACACAGAAGGAAGCCAUGCAGCUUAGAGGCAGGAUGCAGUUUGCUGAAACACAAUGCUUUGGCAGGCUGGGCAGGACUUUGCUCAAGCUCGUUACCAGCCACGCUUACUCUGGCUCCAUGUUCGUUUCGAAGAGAUUGAAGGGUGCCUUGUUGGACUUCGCAGCUUUGCUAAGGGACACUAGGCCAAGAUUGAUCGGAGCAAUCUCGUGUCGAUCCUUCAUGUUGCUGACUGAUGCCUUCUACGACCCAGGAGAAACUCCGGCCGCAGGUUUGGGAGGAACAAUCCUCACGGGACAUGGCGCUGCCUUGAUUUACUUCUCUGUCAAAGUGACAGAACAGGAUUGUGCUAAACUCGCUCUGAACGACGAGGCGACCGUCAUUUAUGAGCUUGAACUCUUGGCUGUACUCGUUGGUUUCCUGGUCUUUAAAGAAUGGAGCAAGGGAGUGGAACCCCAACACGAAGGAAUAAUGGCCGGCAUCGGUAUUGUGUCUUACAUUGAUAACGAUGCCGCACGGUUUGCCUUGAUCUCGGGAAUCUCUAAAAAGGACAUUGCAGGUUUGAUCGUGGAAGAGGUAGCUUGUGUCGAGAGUGAGCUCGGCGUCGCGCCUUGGUUCGGCAGGGUAGGCACCGAAUCUAACUUGGCGGAUGAACCUUCAAGGUUUGUCACGAAGCUCGUUGAGGAGCUUGGGUUCAAGGAUUGGUCAGAGAGGGCCGCGCAAGUGUCAGGCCAGUUUUUCUCAAAGAUCGCGGCCUGGACGGCAAAUGAUGGAAAGUGGGGAUGA